AUGAUUGCCGAGGCUCUCAAGGAGACCGUAGAGCGCUCCGAUCCGCAACAUCCUGAUAAUCGCAACGAUGUCACUCAAGGCAUCCAUGGCCAUUUACAUCACUUUGCGCCUGGCGGCUCUAGCCACCACUUGUGGUUGAACAAAUUCGUGCCUCAGCUGCAAUCCCUCGCGGCCAAGUAUCACGUCGGCAACUACGUCGCAAUUAGAGGCACCAAUGAACGAAUUUUUGAAAGCAUGCCGAUCUAUGCACGUUUGGGCAUGCAUAUCUUAUUUUAUGGGAGGGAGCAGGUCAAACUCUUGGAAGGAAGUAAGCGCAUCGAAGCACUCCUGAUGGAGCAGAGCAAGCGCGAGGGUCAGAUCUACGACUCCCCCGAGUCUAGAAGUCACAUCCCGUCAUUCAUACAUACCUACAACAUCGACACAAACGAGCUGCUAUAUCCGCCCGAAAGCCCAGCAUACAAGAAUUUCAAUGACUUCUUCUACCGGAAACUUAAGCCUGAAGCCCGCCCUGUGCAGAACCCUGAUCAUGAAUUCUGCAGCGCCGCGGACUGCCGGCUUGUCGUAUACCCUGCGGUACACGAUGCGCAGACUUUUUGGAUCAAGGGGGACGAAUUCACAGUUCCUGCCCUCCUAGGACUGGACAAAUCCGAUCCACUCUGCCGGGCGCUUGAAGGUGGCUCUCUCGCGUCAUUCCGCCUUGCGCCGUCAGAUUAUCACCGCUUCCACUCGCUUGCGGACGCCACUGUCAUUGGUGAACCAAGGAAUAUUCCUGGACAGUAUUUCACAGUCAACCCGCAGGCAGUCAACGAGAAACAUCUUGACGUGCUGUCUGCCAACAAGAGAUCAGUUCUCCUUCUAAACCACGACGCAACGAAUAAAAAGAUCGCAUUCGUUGCAGUCGGUGCCUUGCUUGUUGGAAGCAUCCAGUGGACCGUUUCGGCGGGUUCCAAGGUUCGGCGCGGAGAUGAACUUGGAUUUUUCGCGUACGGAGGCAGCACUGUCGUUGCUAUCCUUGAGCCGGGGGUGGUCGAGUGGGAUUCCGAUCUUGUGGCCAACUCCUCACCCCCGAAGCGGGGUCAACUUGGAACCGAGACUAUGAUGAAAGUUGGUUGGUCUAUUGGGAGGGUGCCAAAGGACAGGAAGUAA